CAAUCAUAUAUCUUCUCCCCGUUUUCCUUACAGGACCCAAAUUUAAAUUUUGCCUGUGAAAGCGCCUGGCGAAAAACAAAAGCAUACACGAAUAUUAAUUUAAUAAUAAACAAAGCGCUGUACAUUACAGCAUCAAGGAGCACGUUCAUUUAUUACACACAGCGCCCCCUGCUGCUGGGAGGAUGGUGGUGGAGGUGGAGAAUUUCUUUGGCGUCUACAUGCUGUACUGCACCAACCCCAAGUUCAAAGGUCGCAUCUACAUCGGCUUCACUGUGAAUCCAGAGCGUCGGAUUGGCCAGCACAAUGGGGGCCGGCAGAGGGGCGGGGCUAAGAGGACAAGCGGACGCGGACCAUGGGAAAUGGUUUUGAUAGUGCACGGGUUCCCUUCAGACAUUGCGGCUUUGAGGUUUGAAUGGGCCUGGCAGCACCCUCACUCCUCCCGCAGGCUCUCCCUCGUCUCCCGCAAGUCCAAGCGCGAGUCCAGCCUGGAUUUCCACUGGCGCGUCCUCUCGCAUAUGCUGCGGGUGGCGCCGUGGAGCCGACUGCCCCUGACCGCGCGCUGGCUGAGACAGGAGUACCGCCAAGACUUCCAGCCGGGCCUCGAGCCCCCCUUACACAUGCCUGUGGUGUUCGGCUCUGUACGAGCCAAGAAAACCAGCAGCAAGUACCCCGGCGAGGAGCGCAGCCGCUCACCAGAAAGACCGUCUGGCAGGUGUCACGUCUGCCGGAAAAAGAUCCAGAUGCCAGCUCACUCCCUCUCCUGCUUUCAUCCCUCGUGCACUAUGACGAGUCACAUGACUUGUCUUGCGCAGGAAUUCCUCAAGACGGAGCCCGCCCAUCUACUUCCUGUGGAAGGUACCUGCCCCAGCUGCAAGAACCAAGUGCUUUGGGGCAGCCUGAUUCGCUACAAGAAGGGUUGCUAUGGCGAUUUGGAGGAGAUUACAUCAUCAUCAGCAUCCCAGAGUCACUGGGCAGACGAUUUGCAGCUGUGAAUACACAUCUGCUUUGGAAUAGUGAAACCACAUCUGGAGCUGAACUGAAACCACAUCUGGAGCUGAACUGAAACCACAUCUGGAGUUGAACUGAAACCACAUCUGGAGUUGAACUGAAACCACAUCUGGAGUUGAACUGAAACCACAUCUGGAGCUGAACUGAAACCACAUCUGGAGUUGAACUGAAACCACAUCUGGAGUUGAACUAUACAACUUCAGUUCUGUGCGUUGGACAGGUGUACAGGGGGCUUCACAUGACAGACUGCUGUAGGAGAAAAACGAACGUUUGCUGUUUUGCAGUGCAGUCUUGCAUGUGGGACACGGACAGCAUACAGCCCCAGGAUUGGGGGGAAAAAACACCCACAUAUUUUGCUGCUACGAAAUUGAAUGAAUUCAGACCUGAUGUUUUUAGAAGCAAGCUUUCUAUUGGACAAUCUUUCAGUACUUGAAUGGACUGGAUGAAUUGUGAUACUUCUUUACUUCAUAGAUAAUAAAAAAAUGUCUACAUAGGUACACCAAAUGGUUAUUAAAUAAUAAAUUAAAUGCUAUUUAAA